AGCUGCGACGUUUUGUUGUCAUUUUCGCUGCAGCUGAAAAACAGGCUCGGAUAAUUUUGGUUUUCGUAUUGUUCCGCCAUCAAUAUCUGGUGUUUUCAACCUCGAGGUGUACUCGUCGUAAGACGGUAAACACCCUAGGGAUGGACUCAGACGAGGGCUAUAACUAUGAAUACGACGACGAAGACGAAUGUAGCGAGGACAGCGGCGAAGUGGAGCCCGACGACGACACCCUGGAGCUCGGGGAUGUGGAGUUGGUUGAUCCGGUGGUAGCCGGUGGGGAGCGAGAUGAGGGCGGCGAAACUGGUGUAGGUGGCCACGGUCCUGGGGAGGAAGAGGAGGAGGACUACCGUUUCGAGGUUUUAACUGCCGAACAGAUCCUCCAGCAUAUGGUGGAGUGUAUCAGGGAGGUCAACGAGGUCAUCCAGAAUCCUGCAACAAUAACGCGCAUUCUUCUCAGCCACUUCAACUGGGAUAAAGAAAAGCUUAUGGAAAGAUACUUUGAUGGUAAUCUGGACAAGCUUUUCUCGGAGUGUCAUGUGAUCAACCCCAGCAAGAAGCCUCGGAUCCGUGCUCCAAUGAACACUAGAUCAGCGGCACAAGACAUGCCUUGUCAGAUCUGCUACCUAAAUUUCCCCAACUCGUACUUUACAGGCCUGGAGUGUGGACACAAGUUCUGCAUGCAGUGCUGGGGGGAUUAUUUGACUACCAAAAUCAUAGAAGAAGGAAUGGGACAGACCAUUUCUUGUCCUGCUCAUAGUUGUGACAUUUUGGUUGAUGACAACACAGUCAUGCGCCUCAUAACAGAUUCAAAAGUCAAGUUGAAGUACCAGCAUUUAAUCACAAAUAGUUUUGUAGAGUGCAAUCGACUGUUAAAGUGGUGCCCUGCACCGGACUGCCAUCAUGUUGUCAAAGUCCAAUAUCCAGAUGCCAAGCCAGUGAGAUGCAAGUGUGGCCGCCAGUUCUGUUUCAACUGUGGAGAGAACUGGCAUGACCCUGUGAAGUGUAAGUGGCUGAGAAAAUGGAUUAAGAAAUGCGAUGAUGACAGUGAAACCUCCAACUGGAUUGCAGCAAACACCAAGGAGUGCCCCAAAUGCCAUGUGACCAUUGAGAAGGACGGCGGCUGCAACCACAUGGUUUGCCGCAAUCAGAACUGCAAAGCUGAGUUCUGUUGGGUCUGCUUGGGCCCAUGGGAACCUCACGGCUCUGCCUGGUACAACUGCAACCGCUACAAUGAAGAUGACGCCAAGGCAGCCAGGGAUGCCCAAGAGCGCUCCAGGGCAGCCUUGCAGAGGUACCUGUUCUACUGCAACCGCUACAUGAACCACAUGCAGAGUCUGCGCUUUGAGCACAAGCUCUACGCUCAGGUUAAGCAGAAGAUGGAGGAGAUGCAGCAGCACAACAUGUCUUGGAUUGAAGUGCAGUUCCUGAAGAAGGCUGUCGAUGUGCUAUGCCAAUGCCGCUCCACACUUAUGUUCACUUACGUCUUUGCCUUCUACCUCAAGAAGAACAACCAGUCCAUUAUUUUUGAGAACAACCAGGCAGAUCUGGAAAACGCCACCGAGGUGCUUUCUGGCUACUUAGAGCGAGAUAUCUCCCAGGAUUCCUUGCAGGACAUCAAGCAGAAAGUACAAGAUAAGUACAGAUACUGUGAGAGCAGACGAAGAGUGCUGCUACAGCACGUACAUGAAGGCUAUGAGAAGGACCUGUGGGAGUACAUCGAGGAUUGAGGACACGUCCCAGAGCAACGGACUAUUGAGUAUCUUGACAAACUAGAGCGCUGAUGCAAUUAAACAGGGCAGCAAGGGCCUUCUGCCGCCUCUCCUUUGGCAACCAACCACUUUUGCAUCUUUUUUUUUCUGUAUUUCUUUAACAAAUAAAUCUUAAAAUAAAUUAUAUUUAAAGAAAGUGUAGAGUAAUACAAAGAAAGUGUACUACAGUAUUGUUAGCAACAGAAGGGGGUCUUCAGAAAGCAGAAAAAAUCCAUUGUAAACAAAUACAUCCUUCUGGCCUGUAUUUUAACCCUCCUCUAAACUUCUUUUUUUUUUGUGAAUCUGUUCUGUUUUGAUUUUUUUUUUGGCUUUUGUUUUUAGUUUUUUUUUUUUCCUUUGUUAUAGGUGUGAAAAAAAAUGUCAACACAGCUUUAAUUGUCCCGAUCGUGUCGGCAAUAUUUAGUGAACUCCUGGCCUGGAUGGCUGAAUAUUGAUGAACUGAUUGCAAAUGGGGCAAAGACAUUUCAGGGGGAAAAAAAGAAGAAAAUAAAAAGAACAAAAACAGCAAGUCUGUAUUUUUUCAAUCUGUAAAUAGUCCAUAUGCAUGGAAGUUAAAGAGCAAGAGUGGCACGUGUUUGCAUAAUUUUGAAAUAUUUAUUCUUUACCGAUCUUGAAAAAGAUGUACUUUUGCCCUUUAGGUUGAGUCUGUUUACUCCUCCCAGAAGCAGCGGGAGUUGGGAAGCAUUGGCAAUAAUGCGUUCAUCCCAUCGUCAUCAAUCUGCUCAGAUCUCCAGAGAAAAGUUCCUCCUUAUCAGUUUAGUCUGAAAGGGAACUAGAGAAGGGUGCUCAGGUGAUGAGAUAAAUGAGUCGCUGAAAGUAUAUGGUCUAGGUUUUAAAAAAAGACACAAAAAAAAAAAACAGUGGAAAAGAUUUUACAAGUCAAAAGUAGGAACAUACCAGUGCUAUUUCCCUCCACGCUCAUCUUUUGCUGCUCCAUCAUCCUUUUAGAGACGCAACCAAUUCUUUUCAAGAGCCAAACUGAGUGACAUUCACUCUUUUUUUUUUUUUUUUUUUUCCCCUCUCGUUUUCUCCUGAUGUGGCUUGAGUUAGUCCUGUUAAAGCUCGGCUUGUACCUUGAGGAUUAAGAGAGGGUUAGUAGAAUGUACUGACAGCACAGCAUCGUAGUGCUUCUAAUUGGGCUUGAUAGCUCUCAAAGUAUGCUUGGCGUUAACUUCACUCAUGCAGGCAACUCCUUAAUGGCACAUGGUUGUUUGUUGCCCCCUGCGCUUUGAAGAGAUCUCUUGCCCUGCAGUAAGACUGAACAUUGCUUUAAACCAAGCUGCAGCAGAUGGGCUUGAGUAAUCUGUGAACAGAUGAGGAUUUUUGGACAAAUCUGAAGGUUGUAGGGUUGUUUUUUUUUUGUAUUGCCGAUAUACUUUUACAUAAGAAGUUGUUUGUUUCUGUUUUUUUUUUCCCUUUUUUCUUUUUACAUGGAUUGAGGUUUCAAUAGUGAAAUAUCAGAGCCCCUCCAGGCGCAUUGCAUUGCUCUGUGUGGCAGCUGCCCUUAUUGUCAAGCUCUCUGUUUUGUAGAUGCUCGUUUAUGUCUCUGCGAUGUGGCAGUCUUCACAAGGUUUACUGGAGGGGACGCGAUCGUUCCAGGCACGUUGCAAGUUGGAAAGAUGACACCAAAGUGUCAGCCAUCGUUUAACUACAUCCUUUGCCCUAGUUUCAGAUCUUUGGGGAAUUGUCUCCCAAAUGCUUGUGUUUCAAGUUAUUUUAUCCUAGCAAAGUAUAAACUGUACUGUUUAUUUGAAUAAAUGUCAUGAGAAAUCUCAUUAUUGGGAGUGCUGUGUGUGUCAUUAGAGUAGCUUUGACCUCAAGCAGAUUAAUUAGCCAGAUAUCAGGAGAUGUGCACUGAUGAGUCCCUUCCUGGCCGAUACCAAUUUUUGGCUUUUUCUUUUAGGUCUGACAAUUUUUUUUUUUAUUAUUAUUAUUACAACACAUAAAGGGGGAGAAAUGGGCUCCAGGUUCUGUGAAAGAUAGUUUUGAAUUAAACUAAAAAAGUAUGGGAUUUCUCAUGUUGAGGCAUCAACACUUCAUUUUAAUUGAACUAAAAUUAUUUACACACAUUCUGUUAUUGGUGGAUUUAAAGGCAAAAUAUGUUUGGACCACUUGGUUUGAUGCUUUUAAAAAAACGGUAAAAUUGUCCAAUUUUCGCACUUCUAAUCAAUCAAAGAUUUCUCCUUUAUGUAUUUAGCACAGGUAUACUACAAACCUUCAGAGCUAUGUCUUCCUGAAAGGAAUCCGUUCGGAAGAUUUCUAAUAUCUUUUUUUUUUUAAUUACUUGCCUUCUUUUUUUUUUUUUUUUUACUUUUUAAGUUUCUACAAAUGUUUGCAUAAGAUGACAAAAUAUGAAUGGAUUAAAGUUGCUUAAUUUUUUUUUUUGGGAUGUUGUCUUGCAUUAACUUCAGCUACAGCUGUAAUCAUCACCCUAAUCUGCUCUCCAGGACACUCUCUGUUUUCACUGUCUGCUACAAGUUUGUGACCAUUUCAGGCUUUUUUAAAUUUGUUUUUGGUUUUAAGUUUUGGUGUAACCGAAGCAGCUACUUGCAUUAAACCAAGACAUC